UAAAGUUGACCAGGUUGAGAAACACUGAGAUCGAGUAAUGGGUUGAAGUUACAGGAAGGCCAAUGGCAGGGAUCACUUCCAUUCAAAGGAAGUUUAUAAGCUCCCCUGGGCUGGAGGUGUUCGAACAGACUGGACGCCCAUCUGCCUGGAAUGUCUGAAUCCAGAUUCCUGCACAGCGCAGGGGUUAGACUAGAUGUCUUCAACGCUCCCCUCCAAUUCUCUCGAUCCUGAAAACAGCUACAGGUGGAGAAUUCAAUGCGGGGCCAUUUCAGGGCUUUCCCUGGAGCAUCGAAAGCUUCUUAGGUAUUUAUCAAGUGCCGACUUUGAGAUCUGGAUCAGGGCCAGCGUUGAAAAAAAGCAGAACUUUGAAAUCAUCCCCCACUAUCUAAUCAGGAAAUCACACAAAGGGACAGAGAUGGCAGGUCAUCUGCUUCUCUGGCACAUUCCCAGCGUUUUAUGGCCCUCUGUCAAUCUGCAAUUCCAUUUUAAGCUGGAGUGCGUUGGGGACCUCAUGGCUGCAUCACCCCCUUUUUCAGGGGGGGAAUUAUUUUUUAGUUCCCCCUCCUGCACAUACACCCCUCAGACCCCCUUUCCUCUUGGGCUACUUCCCCAAUGAAUUUCUCCAAUGCAGGGUUUCUCAACCUUGGCCCCUCUAAGAUGGCUGGGCUUCAGCUCCCAGAAUUUCCCAGCCAGCUUGCUCUGUCCACAAACUGGAUGGAAACUGGCCCAUUUGCAAACGGCCUUGGUUUAUCUCAAGGCUCCUUCCUGAAAGAUGAGUGGUGCUGAUGGAAGAAUGAAAGCAUCAAUCUCUUAUCUCCAAUCACAGCUGGGGCCAAGGUUAUGACCACACUAUAAAGGAGUUGAACUUUCUGGGUCUCAAAACUCUUUCUGCUGCAGCUUGACAGCCGACAAAAUGACUUUUGCUCACCGCCUGGUCCUGGCAGCGGUUUGUGUCUCCUUUUUAGCGGCCUCCACCAUUCCUCCCGUCCCCCGCAACCUGUUACAGUUCCACAACAUGAUCAAGUGCGCGAUCCCCAGCAGUAACCCCGUGCUGGAUUUUGCGGACUACGGUUGCUACUGUGGUUUCGGGGGCAGUGGGACACCGGUAGACGACUUGGACAGGUGCUGUCAGAUUCAUGAUCACUGCUACGCUCAGUCCAAGCAACAUCCUGCCUGCAGAUUCCUCGUGGACAACCCUUACACCAAGACCUACUCGUACAGCUGUUCUGGAGGCAAUAUCACUUGCACUGAUGACGAGGAUGAGUGCGCUGCGUUUAUUUGCAACUGCGACCGCACUGCGGCCAUCUGCUUCGCUCGGGCACCCUACAACGAGGAAUACAGGAAACUGGACACCAAGUACUGCAAAUGAUGUUCGGGCGAUGUCAGCACAAGGCACCCUUGGUGUGUGACGAUUCUCUGGACAGGACCUCGCGUGGCCCCCUGUGGAACAGAGAGGUCAGAAACUGCACCGGGAGAAAGAAUUUUAUUUUUUUAAUACCAACGGAGUUGUUUCCUGAACAGUAAAGCAAGGCAUCGAUGAUUCGCUGUUCUAUUUUCUUCCCAUAAAUAAAGAAAACAUUUUUGAC